AGCCAAGUCGAUCCGACACCAGCCAGCUUCAAUGGCGGACAGUGCAAAUGAUGCGAGUGCGGUGGACCCGUUUAAGUGUCUGCUCGGCGAAAUCACCGAAGACCAGUGGGAGGUUUACAAGGCGCUCAGAAAGAAUCAAGGUGGCCUUGUCCAGCAAGACGACGAUUCCUCCUUGACCAGCAGCAGCGAUGAAGACGGCGAGGCCCCUGCAGCGGAGAAGAGUGCACAGGAUGCCGAGGAGCUGCGUUCCAUUCUCACCACCAAGUACAUCAAUGGGGAGAUCAGCUUUGCAGAGUUCACUGACCGUAUGGACUCUUCCUUGACACCAAAGGAAGAACACUGCGAACAAGCUGAUGAAGAACUUGACGACGCCUUCCUUAGGCCAAGCCAUCGGAAAGGCAGGGGGAGCCGCCUUCCACGAGACCUGCAGGGCCUGGUGGGUCAGGCCAACCUGUGCUUUGCCCGGGGCAGCUACCACGAUGCCGUCAAGAUGUGCAUGGAGGUGGUGCGUCUGGCCCCGCGGGCGGCCGAGCCCUUCCAGACACUGGGCAUGAUCUACGAAGCGCUGGGGGAGCCGCAGCGGGCGUUGCAGUUCUCACUCAUCGGAGCCUACCUGAGCCCUCAGGACGCUGACGAGUGGAGCCGGCUGGGUGAGCUCUCGCUCGAGCAGGGAGACGUGCACCAGGCCAUCGCAUGCUACGUCCAGGCGGUGCGUGCAGACCCUUCCAAUGUGGAGCUACGCUUCGAGCUGUGCUCCCUGUACGAGCAGGUGGGCAACCAGCAGAGGGCGCUUGCGUGCUGCACGGCCUUGGUUCAGCAGAUGGGCCAUGGGGAUGCCUGCCUCAAGCUCUCCCGUGAGCUGGCCAAGGUGCAUCACCAAAGGGGAAACAUGGCUGCAGCCACUCAGGUGCUCCUCAACGCCAUCAAGAAAUUCCCUGUGAACGUUUCCUCCGAAGACAUCAACAUGCUGUUGGAGCUGCAGCUGGCCCAGAAGAUGUACUCAGCUGCCUUGAUGGUUCUGCUCAGCCACUGUGGGGUGCAACUGCUGCCGCUGCCCAAAGGAUGCGAGGGGCCCAGCUGGGAGCUGCUCGGGGAAUCCCUGGCCGCCUUUGAGAGGUGCGAGGUGCCAGCGGAGAUGCCCGUGGACCUGCGUACCAAGCUGGUUCUGUGCCUGGUGCACCUAGGAGGAGGCAAGCACUUGACGGGUGACCUGGUGGACCAGCUGCGGCAUGACCAGGACCCGGAGGAGGCCGGCGACCUUUUCCUGGACGUGGCCGAGGCACUGAUGGAUGUGGGGCGCCCCCUCGAGGCUCUGCCCUUGCUGCAUGCACUGGUGGACACGCACAACUAUGGAAUGGCGGCGGUGUGGCUGCGUUACGGGGAGUGCCUGCAGCAGUUGGGGCGCCUGCGGGAGGCAACCGGUGCAUACGAGCGCACGUGCGAGCUGGCACCCGGGCAUGCCCAGGCACGCCUGGCCCUGUGCCAGUUGCUGUUGGCCCAGGGGCUCACGGAUCGGGCCAUUGCCUGCCUCGAGUCAGCUGACACCCCCCAACAAGGAGCCAUGGGGGACGCUGACCAGCAAGACGCAGCGUGUGUGCUGCUGCGCCGAGCGCAGCUCCUGCGGCAGUCGGGACGGCAGCAGGCCUUCAUUGAGACUGCUCUGCUGCUACUCGAGGCACACUGCCCACCAAUCCAGACACCCACCGAGUAUGCAGCCAUGUUUUCAACCAGCACCUUCCGGGGUCGCACGGAGGCCUUGCGAGAACUGCACCAGCAGCGCAACUUCAGCCCAUUCAACUGGCUUACAGCGGACAGUGGUGUCUCGGUGAAUGAGCUGUACCAGUGCUUUUACGAGCUGUGCCUGGCGCUUCACAGUAGUGGGCGCAUGGAGGAGUUGCAGCAGGCAACCACAGAGGCACUCGUGUCACCCCUGCUCAAUCGAGAAGUGCAGCUGUGCAAGGAGUUGGACUUCCUGUGCUUCCAGGCCCACUACCAGGACCCGAGGCAGGAAGAGCAUACUUUCUCCAUGGCCCGCUUACUGGUGCUAAAGUACCCCACUUAUAACCGUGCCUGGAACCUGUUUGGACUGGCGAUGAACCUGAGCCCAGUGAUGCGGCAGAACCGCUUCUGCCUGCGGCUGUUGUACAAGUACCCGGAUAGUGUGCCCCUGGGAAUGCUCAAUGGCCACAAUGCCCUGGUCUCGGGCACUUACAAGCAUGCCUUGGCGGAGUAUGUGCAGCUGCUGAGCGAGGACGAAGACCCCCUGUUGCUGCUCUGUGCCGGCCUGACCCUGGUGCACAUGGGCUGCCAGAAAUUCUCGGCUCGUCGCCAUUGGCUGCUGCUGCAGGCCAUGAGCUUUCUCGACCGGUACCUGCAUGCACGGCCAAGCCAGGAGGCCCUGUUCAACAUGGGCCGCGCGCUCCACCAGCUAGGCUUCCCACACAUGGCCCUCAACAUGUACCAGCGCGCACUGAACACACCACCGGCCGUGCAGGGCAUGUUGGAGGUGUUUGACCUGCAAUGCGAGAUAGCCUUCAACAUGAGCCUGUUGUACCUGAACAGUGGCAACACUGAGCUUGCCAGCAGCAUCAUCGCCCAACAUUGCAUCAUCUGAGAUGUGGUGCUGUCACGUCAUCAACUCUCUCUACAAUGUUCUAUUGCAGCCUGUGGACAACAGGCUGCAAUAUCCACUUCAGUUCAAAGUUCGGCACUAGGAAUUAAUAAAGUAUUUGAAAGGAUUGAAUAUAAA